AUGAUUUCUGCUCUCCGUCGACUCCGUCUCGACAAGCGACUGGCUUCUGGCAAAGCAGGUCGAGUUGUGCCAGCUAUCAUUCUUCGCUCCCUCCUGCCCCCAGUUUCACCGCCGGCCAUGCAUUCCACUCCCCACCCCCAACCCCCCACCACACACACACACACACAUGCAUACACACAUGCACGCAUGCACACGAGAGUAACACAUGUCAACAGGAUGCUGCUAGUCUCCGAAGCAAAAGUGUAA